AUGGUUGUCUUUGAAAAUAUCGUAUUUAAAAAUGAUAAUGGUUGUGAUAAUAAUAAUAGUGUAAUUUCCGUUGAAUCAUCAAUAAAAAAUCAAGAAAAACAACAUAUACAACGAUCAAAUAUAUUAAUGCGUUUAUCAAAAAGAUUUUCAAAUUUAUCAAAAUCAACAACAAUUCCAAUGGAAAAUUUUCCAUCAAUAUCUUCACCACAAUUACCACCACUACCAUCAUCAUCAUCAUCUUUUGAAAGACAAAAUUCUUCUGAAUCAGAUUUAAGUCUAUCAAAAUUAGAUAUAAUUGAUGAUUAUUCUAAUAUUCAACGAAAUAAUACAUUACAAAAAACAACAGAUUUAAAUAUUAGUAAAAGAAAAGCAACAUUUCCAACUAGUCAACAAUUAACUGAAUCAUUUCAAAAUUUUUAUUCACGUUUUUCAUUAAGACGUUCAACAUUAAAAACAAAUUCAUCAUCAUCAUCAAAUACAAUUAUACAAACUGCAUCAUCAUCAUCAUCAACAAUUGAUAGUAAUCAACGUUUAACACAACAUUUUUCUACUUCCAAUCGAAAAUCUAUAUUUUCUUGUUGUUUACAUUGUUUUUCUAUUCGACAUGAAUCUUCAACUGAUAUGAAUAUACCUCGUCAUCAACAUGAUACAACAACAAAGAAAACUGAACAUAAUAUUCGAUUACAACUUUCAUUUCAAUAUAAUAUUCAUCGAAGAGAAUUUAUUGUUACUGUACAUGGUGCUAGAGAUUUGUCUAUACAACAAGGAUCCUUUGCUUGUCAAUUAUGUAUUCAAUAUGGACGAGAUUCAUUAUCUAAAGAACAAAAAUGUACAAAACCUCAAAUAUGUUCUUCUGGUAUAUGUACAUGGAAUCAACGUUUAAUAUUUUUUGAUAUUAAUACACUUGAUAAUUUAUCUUUAUGGGCUAAAUUAAUUGAUCUUGAUCGUAAUCAAGAAAUACUUGGUGAAAUAUGUAUUCCAUUAAAUGAUAAAAAAAUAAAUCUCAAUGGACAACCUGAAUGGUAUAAUUUAAUAUCAAAAUAUUCAUUAUUACAAACAAAAAAUUCUCAAUUUAAUGAUAGUGAUACAUCUGAAAUAGAACAACAUGAAUCAUCAUCAUCCAAUCGAAGGCUACCAACAAUCAAUGCCAAUAAUGAAUUAUUACCAACAAUGAUUGACACUAUAACAACAAGUAAUCGUAAAAGACAAUUGCCAAAUAUUCCUGCAGCUCAAUUACAUGCAAAUAGAGAAAAAGUUUCUCAAGAUUUAAUACAAAAAGCUACACAAUUAAAAUUACGUCUUCAUAUGCAACAACAACAACAACAACGUACAUUAAAUGAAACAAAUUUAAAUGAAAAACGACAAAUGUAUGAAGAUCGUAUACAAAUUUUUAAUAAUGAAAUUAAUCAUCCAAUAAAUAAAAUAUCUUCAAUACCUUCUCAACGUUCAUCAUUUCAAUCAAGUAAAUCAAUUGAUACAGAUUCUCCACAAUUACAUCCAACAUCAAUAUUAUCAAAACCAUAUGAUUCAAUGACAAAUUUAGUACAAAAACCUUCAUCAAUAAUAUCAACAAUACCUACAACAUUAAUAAAUUCAGGUUUAUUAAAAGAAAAAACAUCUUCAAGACCACGAAUACCAAUUAUACGUGAUAAAAGUGCACCAAAUCCACCAUAUCUUAAUCCAUCAUUAUCAAGACGUACAACAACAGCUGGACAAUAUCGAAUGGAUAUAGAAAAAUCAAAAUUAAAAUCAUUUGAAGAACGAUAUAAAAAAAAUAUUAAAAAAAGAGAAUCUUCUGAAACUCCCGGUGAUGAUGUAGAUUCUGAUGGAUCAGAAUUAUCAACUGUUUCAAAAAUAAGUUCAGUUAGUAUGUUAUCAACACAAUCAGAACGACCUCGAACUAUUCGAAAACAAGGUCCACAUACACGUCCUAAUGAUCAUCAUCAUAAUUUUCAUCGUAAUGAUGUUGUACAAUUAAAUGAAGAAGAACUUCGACAAAUGGCUAUGCGUACACAUGAUACAAUAACAACAAUUCAACCAAUAUCAACGCCAAUAAAUAUAAAAAAUGAUUCAAAUACACAAAUAUCUACAUCAUCAUCAACUCCUAUUGAUAAACUUAUUAAUACAUCUGUAACAAAUAAAUCUGAUUUACGUAAUGAUGGUACAUUAUCAGAUUCUAUUUUGAGUACACAACCUGAAUCAAAUAAAAAACGACGACCAUCAAUGUCAUCGAAAGCUCUUGUCAUACUUGGUUUAUCAAAAAAGACAAAUAGUGCAUCUAAUCUUGGUUAUGGCAAACGAUUUGGUUUUCAACGAAGUGAAGAAAUUGGUGUUCAACCUCAUUUACGUAGUAGAACAUUACAACGACAAACUAGUAAAGAAAAUGAAACACCAUCGAAUGCUCCAACAGCAGAUUCAACUCAAUCAUCACUUGUUUUAUCUCAUCAACGUGAUCAAUAUCAUUCAAUGCCACAUGAUAUGAAGCUAUGGUCUGGUGGACUUAAACUACCACAUGAACAUCAAUUUGCUGAAUUUAUUGAAGGUUUAGGUACAGGACAAUUAGUUGGUCGACAAGUUCUUGCAUCACCAUGUCAUGGUGAAAUUCAAGUUGGUGUACGUGAUCAACAUGGUUUACUUGAAGUUGAAAUAGUACGAGCAAGAAAUUUACUUCAAAAAGCUCUAUAUAAAAUGCCACCAGCUCCUUAUGUAAAAGUUUAUUUACUUGAUGGAAAAACUUGUGUUGAAAAGCAACGUACACGAACAACACGUCGUACACUUGAUCCUUUAAUACAACAAAUACUUAUAUUUAAAGAAAAUUAUCGAGAAAAAGUUUUACAGAUAAGUGUUUGGGGUGAUUAUGGAAAAUUAGAUAGAAAAGUAUUUAUGGGUGUAUGUCAAAUACAUUUAGAAGAACUUCAUUUAAAUUCUUCCGCUCAAGUACUUGAUUGGUAUAAAUUAUUCUCUGCUAAUUCAUUAAUGAAUAAUUAUACGAUUGUACAACAAUCACCAAAAGGAAAAACAUCAAUAACAACAAAUGAUUUACAUAGUGCAUUGAAAAAUAAUUCCAGAUCUUGA